CUUCAGUUUCGUUUAUUGUAAAUCCUGAAGCCAUGGCGUCUGCUGCUCAAAGAAAUGAACUUCUCUGUUCCAUCUGUCUAAACAUAUAUACAGAUCCUGUAACCCUGAGAUGUGGACACAACUUCUGCCGGGUCUGUAUUGAUCAGGUCCCGAAUGUACAGGAGGAGUCUGGAGUUUAUUCCUGUCCUGAAUGUCGAGCUGAACUGAAGAGGAACACAACUCUACACAAUAGAGCAGAACAUCUACUGCCUACUCAGACACAUCAGGAGGAGACGACUGGGAUCUGCUGCACCUACUGUAUUAACUCUUCUGUACCUGCUGUAAAGUCCUGUCUGCACUGUGAGGCUUCUCUAUGUGAUGGUCACCUGAAUGUUCACAGCAAGUCACCAGAACACGUCCUGACUGAUCCCAGCACUUCCCUGAAGAACAGGAAAUGCUCCAUCCAUAAGGAACUUUUAAAGUACUAUUGUCCUACAGAUGCUAUCUGUAUCUGUGUGUCCUGUUCAUUGGCCGGAAAACAUGGGGGACACCAGGUGGAGAUGAUGGAUGAGGCCUCUGAGAAGAAGAAGAAAAAACUGAGGAAUGUUCUCCAGAAACUGAUCACAAAGAGAGAGGAGACUGAGGAAAGAGUCCGGAGUCUGGAGGAACGCUGGAGAAAAGCUCAAGAGAAAUCAUCUGGAGAAGCGGAGAGAGUCACUGCCCUGUUUAUAGACAUGAGGAGACGGCUGGACGACCUGGAGAAGAAGGUCCUGAGUGAGAUCUCCAGGCAAGAGGUACAGGUGUCUGCUCUGAUCCAUCAGCUGAAAAUAAAGAAGGACGAGCUGUCCAGGAAGAUGAGAUACAUUGAGGAGCUGUGUAACAUGACGGAUCCACUGACUGUCUUACAGGAACCAGACACAGGUGACUUGUGUGAUCCUGAGGAGGGGGGAGGUGAUGAGGACACAGGGGGACAUGAUAAGACAUAUGAUGUAGAUGUGAUUACAGGGAUGAUACAUGCAGGCUUCUCUGAUAUAAUGACAUAUCUACAGAACAUCUCACCUGCAAAACCAGGUAAUAAGAGGAAACGCUACCACUGGGACCGAUCUCCACCCAGUCACACAAAAGCUUCUCCUGUGUCAGGUACAGAAUAUGGGGGCAAUUGUGUAACAGUCAGGACUGGGGGUGCUGGGGAGGAGGUAAUAGCUGUAGGAAAGGUGGGGAUCUAUGGGGAGGGUCCUGCAGACAUAUUACUGGAUGUAAAGACAGCUCAUAAUAAUCUCCACAUAUCAGACGACCUGAAAACUGCAACAUGGACAAAAAUAACACAGAAUCGUCCAGAAACAGCAGAGAGAUUCCAGUAUUAUCAGGUGAUGAGCAGCCGGAGAUUUACCUCAGGACGACAUUACUGGGAUGUGGAGAUCAGUAGAUCAGGAUGGUGGAUGGUGGGGAUGUGUUAUCCCAGUAUAGACAGGAGGGAAGAUCAGUCACGCAUCGGAGAUAAUAACAAGUCCUGGAGUUUGUGGGGAGGGAAGGCAUGUUAUAAUCAGUAUUCAGUGGUACAUGACAAUAAAGCAAAUCUGUUACCUCACCAGAUCUCCAGUGAUAGAGUCAGGAUCUGUCUGGAUUAUGGGGCCGGGCAGCUGUCCUUUUAUGAGCUGUGUGACCCCAUCAGACACUUACACACCUUCACCACCACCUUCACCGAGCCCCUUCAUGCUGCAUUAUAUGUAUAUAAUGGUUCUUUAAAGAUAUUAGGGGGAGGAGCAGCUGGGGAAAACUGAGAAAUGUGUGAGAAACUGAGACAGCUGUUGAAAGUGCUUCAAUCUAAGACAUUCAUUUUCAGAUGCAUUUUCAACAAAAAAAAUACACUGUGUGAACAAUUUCACAAAUUAACAAAAAAAAAAGGAAAAAAACAGUGUAUAAAUAUAACCAUAAUUUUAAUUUUGUGGUCAACAAUUAAAAAAAUUGUGCUCACAUGUGGUACUUGGAAAAAAUACAGGAAAAUAUUUUGCAAUGACAACAGAAAACACAACAUACAAAACACGUGAGCACAGCCAAAUAAUAGCAAAUAAACGUCCAUUGCCAAAAAUAUAAUGUUUAUUGGGUGUUGGGUGAAUGUAUAAAUGUACAUAAAAUGACCAAUAUAGUAAUGACAAUGGUUAUUUGUACUCAAUAUUCAUUUCUUUAUCAAUUGUCAUCUAUAA